UCGCGAACUGCUGAUAUCACACCCACCAACAAUUGUUAUCAAAACUUUAUUUGUUUUGAUUUUGUGUAGAAUGUUUUUGUGUGCUUUUUGCUGCGCUGUUUAAGCGAAACAUCGUCAACUAAUCUUCAGCUACACAGUAUUUAUCAUUCGUGACUAUCUGCUAUAAUCAAGUGAAUUGUGAAAUUGUGUAAAAUGGCAGCGGCUGCAGUGGCAACAGGUGGAAAAUAUUGUUUUGCCAUUGAUCGUGGUGGCACCUUCACCGAUAUACUUUGCAUACGUCCUGAUGGCACAGUGCGUACGUUAAAAUUGUUAUCAGAAGAUCCCAGACGUUAUAGUGACGCACCGCGAGAAGGCAUACGACGCAUAUUGAAACAGGAAACAGGAUACGAUGUUACUCCAGAAGGACUUGUAGAUACUAGUCACAUCGGUUGGGUGCGUAUGGGCACUACUGUGGCCACAAAUGCAUUGCUCGAGCGCAAAGGUGAUCCUGUGGCGCUUGUGGUUAAUGAAGGCUUCCGUGAUCUACUGUAUAUUGGCAAUCAAGCGCGUCCGAAAAUCUUCGACCUCAACAUACGUAAACCAGCGAAUUUGUAUAAAACUGUAGUGGAAAUUAGUUGUCGCCUCGUACCCGAGCAAGCGGAGCGCUGUAAAUUGGAACACAAUUGGCCAGUGCUUGAGGGUACAUCAGGUGCAAAAUACUUAGAAAUGCAAGCAGUCGAUGUCGAGGCUGUGCGUAAGUCGUUACAAGAAGUGCGCCAGCAAGGCAUUACAAGUGUGGCUGUGGUGUUGGCGCAUAGCUUUGCUUGUCCUGUGCAUGAACUGGCGGUUGGUAAAAUAGCCGAAGAGCUCGGAUUUACGCACAUAACACUCUCUCAUCAGGCCAUGCCGAUGAGGCGUUUAGUAGCGCGCGGUUAUACUGCCUGCGCUGAGGCGUAUUUAACACCGCAUGUCGAGCGUUAUCUCAAUAGCUUUAAAUCCGGUUUUGAUAAGGAGUUGGCUGGCGUUGACAUUCUUUUCAUGCAAUCUGAUGGCGGUCUGGUGCGUAUGGAAAACUUUCGCGGUGCGCGCGCUAUACUCUCCGGACCAGCGGGCGGCGUUGUCGGCUACGCACAGACAGGCGCGCGUGAAACCGACGCACCACUCAUUGGUUUCGAUAUGGGUGGCACAUCCACUGAUGUUUCACGCUAUGCUGGCACCUAUGAGCAUGUAAUUGAGAGUACCACCGCUGGUGUUACCAUACAAGCGCCGCAGCUAGACAUAAAUACGGUGGCAGCGGGAGGUGGCUCCAUGCUUUUCUUCCGUUCUGGUCUCUUUGUAGUCGGUCCUGAAUCAGCAGGCGCACAUCCCGGGCCGGCUUGCUACAAAAAGGGUGGUCCACUAACCGUGACAGAUGCUAAUUUAAUUUUGGGGCGCCUAUUGCCUGAAUAUUUUCCAAAAAUAUUCGGCCCCAAGGAGAAUGAAGCGCUCGAUUUUACUGUUACCAAAGAGAAAUUCGAACAAAUGCGCGCUGUUAUUAAUGAGUACCUGCGUGGCGGCGGCGGUGAGAAACAGUUAACGGUAGAGGAUGUUGCUUUGGGCUUUAUACGCGUCGCCAAUGAGGCGAUGUGCCGUCCGAUUAGAGCGCUAACGCAAGCGCGCGGUUUGGACACAUCACAGCAUGUGUUGGCAUGCUUUGGCGGCGCUGGCGGUCAACAUGCCUGCUCUAUAGCACGUGAGCUGGGCAUAAACAAGGUGCUCGUGCACAAAUACGCUGGCAUACUCUCCGCUUAUGGCAUGGCGCUUGCCGAUGUCGUACAAGAGACCCAGGAACCUUGCGGGUUACCAUUUACAGUCGAGAAUGCCGCUUUCUUCAAAACGCGCCUGGAUGCCUUAGCUGCUCAAUGCACUACGAGCUUGCAAACUCAAGGUUUUCAAAAAAUUGAGUUAGAGCCUUUCUUGCAUUUACGCUAUGACGGCACGGAUUGCGCUUUAAUGUGCUCGCCUGCAGGCACAACGAGCAAAGCGGAUAUCUUACAUGCUUCCUAUGGCGAUUUCGUCGCCACAUUCCUACAGCGCUAUCGCACUGAGUUCGGUUUUGUUUUACAAAAUCGUGCCAUUGUCGUUGAUGAUAUACGCGUACGUGGUUUAGGCAAAAAUAAUACGCCACCUGAGGUGGAAGUAGAGACAGCCGCCACUGUGACACCACAGCCAACCGGUUCUACGCGCAUCUACUUCGAACAAGGCGCCUUUGAAUCACCUAUUUACUUAACGUCUCAACUCUUGGCGGGCAGUAAAGUUACAGGUCCAGCGAUUUUGAUCGAUCAGCUGUCUACGAUACUCGUGGAACCCGACUGCGUUGCUGAGGUGACUAAAUAUGGUGACCUCGUUAUAAAUAUACACUCCGGUAAGCGUACUGUCGUCGACUGCAAGCUCGACGCCAUACAGUUGAGCAUUUUUAGUCAUCGCUUCAUGAGCAUAGCUGAGCAAAUGGGCAGGGUUCUGCAACGCACUUCCAUCUCCACAAACAUCAAAGAACGUCUGGAUUUCUCGUGUGCAUUGUUUGGUCCCGAUGGCGGUUUGGUAAGCAACGCGCCGCAUAUACCCGUACAUUUGGGCGCUAUGCAGGAGACGGUUCAAUAUCAGCUCAAGGUGCGUGGCGAUAGCUUGAGGAAUGGCGACGUUAUUCUAUCCAAUCAUCCCCAAGCAGGUGGCUCACAUCUACCAGAUUUGACUGUCAUCACGCCCGUGUUUUAUCGGGAACAACCGAAGCCCGUCUUCUUCGUGGCCUCUCGUGGUCAUCACGCUGACAUCGGCGGCAUUACACCCGGCUCCAUGCCGCCACAUUCUACAGCACUUAAUCAGGAGGGCGCCGCUUUCAAAUCAUUUUUGAUUGUCGAGGGUGGCGUCUUCCAGGAGAAGAACAUAAUUGAACGUCUUACUACACCGACCGGUGCCAAGGGCGCCACCGGUACGCGUAAUUUACCCGACAAUCUUUCGGAUCUUAAAGCACAAAUUGCCGCUAAUCACAAAGGCAUACAACUCGUGUCCGAACUCAUCGAUAGUUACGGCUUGGACGUCGUGCAGGCGUACAUGAAUUAUAUACAACAAAACGCCGAGGUCGCCGUACGUGACAUGCUCAAAGAGAUUGCACAAAAUGUACUCGAACGAAAUGGCACAACCACACUGGAGGCGGUUGAGUACAUGGACGAUGGCUCACCAAUUAAGCUUCGCGUUGAAAUUGAUCCCGAGAAGGGUAAUGCGCUGUGUGAUUUCACCGGCUCCGGUCCCGAAGUAUGGGGCAAUUGUAAUGCACCACGCGCCAUUACACUCUCAGCGCUCAUCUAUUGUCUGCGCUGCAUGGUCGGUCAUGAUGUGCCACUCAAUCAGGGUUGCUUGGCACCCAUACAAGUCAUCGUGCCGAAGAAUUCGAUUUUAGAUCCCUCCGAGGGCGCCGCCGUUGUGGGUGGCAAUGUCUUGACGUCACAGCGUAUUGUUGAUACCGUUUUGAGGACCUUCAGUGUGUGCGCCGCCUCCUGCGGUUGCAUGAAUAACAUUACCAUUGGCGAUGAGGAGUGGGGCUACUAUGAAACGGUAGCGGGUGGCGCUGGCGCAGGCCCAACAUGGCAUGGCGCUGAUGGCGUACACACACACAUGACCAAUACACGCAUAACAGAUGCGGAGAUAAUGGAGUUACGCUAUCCGAUUAUAUUGAAACGUUUCUGCUUGCGCACCGAUCGCUCAGGCGGCGCAGGCCGAUUCCAUGGCGGUGAGGGUGUAGAGCGUGAGCUACUCUUCCGCAAGCCGGUAACGUUGUCGAUACUGACGGAGCGUCGCACCUUGCAGCCAUACGGCUUGGAAGGUGGUCAACCAGCGAAGCCGGGUUUGAAUUUGCUCCGCAAGCCGAAUGGGCGUGUCAUCUCCUUGGGCGGCAAAACGUGCAUAGACGUAGAGACAGGCGAUCUUUUUAUGCUAAAGACGCCUGGUGGUGGCGGUUAUGGCGUGCCAAAUGAGAGCAGUGGCGACGCUAAAGUCAUAUCACAAACUGAGAAGCAUAAUUUAACCGAACGCGGCAGUGUUUUCGAGUAUAGGCAAGCACAAGAGUCGGCUUGAAGCGUGAAGCAAGCGAGUGAGAAAGGAGCUAAGGAAAUGAAAGUGCCUUCAGAAAAUGAUGUCAAGAGCUUUCAGUGGGUUUUAUUUAGUAAGACAAAAGUGUUAAAUCGGAAUUUAAUGAUUUUACCAAAAAAAAAUGACGUUGUUGUUGAAAAAUUUUUAAAGUAUAAAAUAUGUAUGAAUCGUUAUUUUAUUUUUUUUUAUGCUUAUUUGCAAAUUAUAUUCUUUUUACAUAUAUGUGUAUAUGUGUAAUUAGAUGAUAUCAUAUAUAAUGUGUACAUAAGCUUUAUAUAAACUCAGCCAAAUUAAUUUUUUGUGCUUUUAAAAAAUAUGCAAUAGAAGUAUUAAU